AAUUAUCAUACACCAGUAUAUGUAUUGUGUAGUAAGUAAAGUACAUUAAGUAUAUGUAUACUGAGUAUUGAGUAAUAACAUAUGAAGUAAUUAGUAGAGUAAAAGUACAUAUAUGAAUAUAUACAGUGUAUCGUGGUUGUAGUACAAAAAUGUACAGUGUAGUAGUGAUGCGUACACAUGCGCACUAGUUUAUGGUACAUGUGCAAUGUGAGAUAACAAUAUGUAUAUUUGAAAUGUGCAACUUGAUUUUAUAGAUCCUUUAAAUUAGUUACAAAAGUAGGUAGUAAGAGUGGGAGCCAGAGGAAACGGAUUAGUAUUCCAAACGGAACCACCAUUCCAACUGGACCCAAAGUGUACAGCUAUUGAAACAACCGCAGUGCCAUUAAAGUUUUUAAUUAUAUUUCAUUUAUUUUUGUAAUAAUUAGAAACAAAAUGAUGUAAAAUUAAUAAAUAUGUAAAGUGUAACAGUAUCUGUUAUAUUUCCUGACAACAAAACGUGACAUACUGGAAACAUGUGAUCACCUGCUGUAUCAGUGAUCUACACAUGCAGAGUAGAGAUAACGUGUGGGACUGUGGGAUAUAUAAGCACAGGCAGACAGGCCUUCUUUCCUUGUGGAUAGAUUCAUGCAAGAUGAUAAGGACCUUUCUUUGCCUUGUUGGAAUUAUAGCUGUGUCAGCUCAUCCACAGUAUAGGGAUCGCAUUCCUAAUGGAUACGCAGUGUACAACCCCUGUGGUUCAUUCUUUUGGGAGGCUGUGGGACAUUACGACCCUAGUCAUCACACGAUAGACAAAAACCCAUUUGGCAGGGCCUUCGCCGCAGCUGGGCAUACGUGGACGGCUAGUCUUUGUCAAGCCGAUUCAGAUGGCGAUGGUAAAAGCAAUGGUGAAGAGCUAGGCGAUCCUAAUUGCACGUGGACUAUGGGUGGAACACCUGACGGCAAAUCUACAGGUCAACCAGGUAUCUGUGAGCCCAUUGGUUCUGGUGCCUGCGGCUCUAACACUUUUUAUUGUGGUUGUCAUGGACAUAAUUGUGUUGGUUAAAUACUCUAGAUAAAGUGUUUUUGUAUACCAUA